AUGGCACCUUCAAGCACCCAAGACCUGUUCGAUGUCGAACGUCCAGCGUCCAAAAGCACCGCCAAAACCUUCUCAACCCAUCAGCCUACCGCUCCAGACUUUGAGCUCUUCCGCCACCUGGUACCCCUAGUCUCAAGCGGCAAGACAACACAUCUCAACGCAGCCUUCAUGCCCCCCUCAAACCUUAUCGUCAACGAAGCCAUCUCCCGUUUUUGCUCGGAAGCUCUGCACAGCCCCUCUCCAAAGCCUCGCUGGAAAGAAGAUGUUGAAGCAGUGAGGGAACUCCUGGGCAGGUACAUCAACACAGACCCAUCAACCAUCGCCUUCGUCAGGGACACCACUGAAGGCCUGGGAAGCUUCAUCCGCGGUCUCACGUUCCAACCAGGCGACAACAUCGUGAUUCUCGACUGCGAACACCCGAACCAAGCGUUCGCCUGGCUGACACUCCGCUCGGCUGGGCUGGAAGUUAGACUCGUCCCUACAGACCCAGAGAACCCGGUAGCAGCGGACGCGAAUACCUUUGCGCCGUAUGUCGAUGAGAAGACCAGGGCGAUUGGGCUGAGUUCCAUCAUGUUCCACACAGGACAACGGAACGAUGUCGCGGAUGUCUGCGCGGCAUUCAGGCACAGGGGAAUCCACGUUCUCGCGGACCUUACGCAACAAGUCGGUUUUGCCGCCGUCGAUGUGAAAGCAUUGGGGGUUUCAGCGGCGGCGUUUAGCCUACACAAGGGCCUCAACUCGCCGACUGGGUUCGCGGCGCUGUACGUUGAUACGAAUAUCAUCCUAGAAAUGGAUCCGGUGCCACCCAUUGUAGGCUACAGCGGCGUGAGCAGUGUCGGCGAGUCGGAAGACUUCACGGUCCCCCAAGGCCCUGUUAUCUUCCACCCUACCGCGAGACGAUACGAGCAUGCCAACAUGAGCUUCAUCUCAGCUGUGGCCGCGAGGGCAUUCCUCCAGUUCUAUUUCGGAGUGAUGGGCCCCAAAAACCUCGAGCGGCAUUUGUAUAAUCUCGGAGACGCGCUGCGACAAUCUUGCGCCAAAUUAGGCGUUGGUGUUAUUGGGCCCAGCGAGAGGAGACACCACGCGCCACAUCUUCAUGUUCUUCGUUUGCAGGACCCGAGGUGGUCUAAACGCUUGGAGACAUCGGGCAUCGUAGUGACGAAGUUCAGGGCCGGCAUCAGAGUCUCGUUUGGCUUUUAUAGCAAUCUGGAAGAUGUCGAGAGGUUGAUGGCGGUGAUCCGGUCAGGGCUUGAAAGCGGUAUCCCACCGUAUCGUAAACGCGUCCCGGCCUCUCACGAGUACGUCGCGAGCCUCGAGUCCCGCAUAUCAUGGCUCGAGACCUUUGUUCAAUCUCUCCGUGUCGCCACGCCAGAGCAGCGGGAGGAGAUGCUCAACUCUACGGCAGCUGCAGAGAGACAGGAAAUUUCUCUUGCCAGUAGUUCUAACAAAGCUCAAGAAGACGUACAAAGGGAUGAAGCAGAACCGCUGGCAUCGGCACCGGCACCGGCACCAGGGGACUACAUAUCUCACCUCGGCAUCCACGCUCGCUCAAGCGCAAACCUCGAGCUAGGCCUCGAAGGCUCCCUCAUCUACCAUGGCGCAACCUCCAUCUUCCGCAUCGAUCUCCCUUCUUCUUCCUCCAAAGACCCAAAGGACCCCUCCACCGUCACUGUCGCCGCUCUCCUCCGAGGAGGCGGCAUCGAAUCAAAUUUUGAAUCCGUAAUGCAACACUUUGGCAUCGACGGCCCAUCCUCUUCCACAGUUCUGCAAUCCCUGACCCAGUUCUUCCGCUGGCAAUACCCGCAGUUCAUGUUCAUCUACCGAGAGGCCUUCCUCCGUGACCACUUCAGCAAUGCCGACGGUAAUGGUGAUGCCAAUAAUGGUAGGAAUGACAGAAAAUACUGGUCUCCCGCACUACUCCUCUCAAUAUGCGCGCUUGGCGCGCUGGUAAGCCUCGAGACAAAAGCCACGAGCGAGCGAUUCUUCCUCGCGGCGGAAAGCAUCAUCAUGGUGACGGGGCUUACGAGGCCGAGCGUCGCUACCGUGCAGGCGUUCCUAUGUCUUGCGCUCUACGAAAUCGGGAGGGGUAAUUUGUCCAAGGGUUGGGGGUACUCUGGAAUCGCCUUCCGCAUGGCCCAGGACCUCGGCCUCCAAAGAGAUCCCGAAGAUUGGGUCCAACACGACUUAUCCCUGGCAACACCUGAAGACGUCGAGAUCCGCAGGCGGAUCUACUGGGGCUGCUACAUCUCCGACAAGCUCAUCAGUCUGAUCCUCGGCCGGCCCGUGUACCUAGUCUACGACGACGCCGAGGUCCAGCCCAUGGAAACGUUGCCGUUCGUGACUCCCUCUCCUACCUCGUCUCUGCCUUUUAUCCUCGCCCAGAAGAUGUAG